CAAUAGUGGGACUUUCCUUAGCCGGGUUUGAUUGUGAGAGUUUGUGUCCUGGGUUAGCGCUUUUUCGUUUUGAGUUGAAUAGGGCAGGAAAUUGCGAAGGGUACUCUAAUAAGAAUGUUUUGACCUUCUCUGCUUGUUUCGAUCUGGAUUGUUUAUUUUUAUUUGCUUUUUUACAAAAUUUAUCGACUGUUCCGUGGUUCUUAGCUGAAAUUAAUGCAUCUAGAAUUCCUCUGGUCCGUCGGCACUUUGUUUUCGACCAAGAUAUCUGCUUUUCCGGGGAAGUGGGGUCGUGAGAUUUCGCAUUUGAUGAGCUUGCAAUGUUCCCAUUUUCCCCCUCGUUGAUACUUAACUGCUUUCGUCGGACUUCGCAGGAUAUUCUCGUUAUAAAGCCUCCGAAGAAAUCUCCGUGUUUGUUAAGGACGGCAGUUCUAAUAUUUUCAGUGGUUUGCAGUAGCUUCAUUUGCUUGGUAUUUUCCAUGGACGGCACUUGGCAGGUAUAAAAACGUUCGACAUUAGAUGAGUAAUGAGUUAAUGGCUGAGCUCAUAGAGUGCCAUCUUAUUCCUAUGUGCUAUGACCGGAAAAGCCCUUCCAUCUCCCUUCCAACUCAUCCAUCUACUGCAAGCAUGCUCUGCUUCAAAAGCUCUCAUUCAAGGAAAGCAGGUUCACCAACAAAUGGUUCUCAGUGGGUUACACCAAAACCCCUUCCUUAGAACCAAGUUAAUCCAAAUGUAUGCUGAUUGCGAUGAUUUGUAUUCUGCUCAGCUUUUGAUCCACAAACUUUUGCAGCCUAAUGUGUUUGCAUUAACGGCCUUCCUCGGAUUCUACUCGAGACACCAUUUGACAGAAGAAUGCAUCAGAACUUAUGGCCAAUUGAGAUUGAUGGGUAUUGUGCCUGAUGGUUAUGUGUUUCCUAAAGUUCUCCGGGCGUGUGCUCAAUCAUCAUGCUUGGUUAUGGGUACUCUUGUGCACAAAGAUGCCGUUAUAUUUGGGUCUCAGUUUAAUACACAAGUUUGUAAUUCCAUUAUAGAUAUGUAUUCCAAAUGUGGGGAAGCUAGGAGUGCUAGACAGGUUUUUGAUGAAAUGUCUGAAAGAGACAUUUUAUCUUGGAAUUCAAUUAUCUCAGGUUACGUGGCUAACUGGUUCUUUGAGCAGGCUGUGGAACUGUUGGGCUAUAUGAAACUGGAGGGCUGCGAGCCGGAUAUUGUAACUUGGAACACUAUAAUGGAUGCCUAUUGUAGGAUGGGACUCUGCAAUGAGGCCUCAAAAAUUUUCAAACAAAUUAAAAAUCCUAACGUCAUCUCAUGGACAAUAAUAAUCUCAGGCUACGCUAAUAUUGGGAAGCAUGCAAUUGCAUUGGAGAUUUUCAGAGAUAUGGUGAAUAGUUGGACUGUUUUCCCUGAUGUGGAUUCUCUUUCCAGUAUCCUUGUAUCUUGCCGGUAUUCAAGGGCCUUGGAAAGGGGGAAAGAAAUCCAUGGUUAUGGAAUAAAAAUGAAAGCAUGGGACGCAUUUUACAAGUCUGCUGGUGCUGCCUUGUUGACCAUGUAUGCCAGUUGCUGUAGACUUCAAGAUGCUGAAAAGGUAUUUCAUAUAAUGGAUAAAUCUGAUGUUGUGACAUGGAAUGCCAUGAUUUUUGGUUUCAUUGAACUGGGUCGUGGACAUUUGGCACUUGACUGUUUUAGAGAGAUGCAAAGGAGAGGAAUAAAGAAUGAUCACACAACUAUAUCAACCAUGUUGUCUAUUUCUGAUUUGAGAUCUGGAAAAGAGAUUCACGCCUACUUCAUGAAAAGCAGUUUCCAUUCUGUAAUUCCUGUUUAUAAUGCUGUAAUUCAUAUGUACUCAAUGCGUGGAUGCAUUGCAUAUGCAUAUUCUGUGUUUUCUACCAUGGAAACUAGGGACAUGAUUUCAUGGAACACAAUUAUUAGAGGCUUUGGAAUGCAUGGGCUGGGCCGGACUUCUCUAAAGCUCUUAAAACAGAUGGAAUGUUCAGGCCUUAGACCCAAUUCAGUGACUUUGUCUUCUGCACUUUCAGCUUGCAGUCACUCAGGACUCGUGGAUCAAGGGAUCGAAUUCUUCUACAGAAUGACAAAAGAUUUUGGAUUAACCCCCGUAAGUGCACAUUAUUCUUGUGUUGUUGACAUGCUAGCACGUGCUGGUCGGCUUGAAGAUGCCUGUAAUUUCAUUAACGAAAUGCGCCUCAAACCUGACAAGCAUAUUUGGGGCGCUUUACUAGCUGCAUGCCAAGAUCACCAUAAUGUUACUGUUGGUGAGCUGGCUGCAGAACAUUUGAUCCGUUUGGAACCUUACGAUGCUGGUCAUUAUGUGACGCUGUCAAACAUAUAUGCAAGAGCUGGAAGGUGGGAUGAUGCCGCAAGAAUGCGAAAGCUGAUGGAAGACCAUGGAUCACUGAAGCCAUCAGGAAAUAGUGUGAUUGCCGCGUGAAGUUAAAGCAGAAAGGCCUAACAAGAAGUUGAAAGCUGGUCGAACCAACUGCACGUUGAUAGACUCCACGAAGUAAAAAACGAGGCAUUCACGAGCUUACAGCUUAGGACCCUGAAACGAGACAAACGGAACCAUAAAGAGUGAGCAGUUAUACUACAAGUACAUGACAUAUUGAUAUUAUACGGGAGGCUUAUCAUGUUAUGUAGAUUUUCACAAGGCCAAUAUUAAAUUAAGAAAGAAACAAAAUUUUAGGAUAUUCAUGUGUCUUCGUUGGUUUUUUGUUUUUGUUUUUGUUUUGUUUUGUUUUUUUUUUUUUUUUUUUACUCCCAUGUGGUAUUGCUUCUGAUCUAUGAGAACUUAAAUCAGGGUGGGCAAUAAUCCAGGCUGUCGCACCAUGUAAAGUCCACCAUCCUUUUGCACGUUUACUUGUUUUCAGUGGCUCUGCUGCUCAGUCCUGAA